AUACAACACAUAUGCAGUAGCAGUUCUUCAGCGUUUUGAGGUCAGAGAUUCCAACAAUGGCAUCCACUGAUAAACCCGCCGUAGUCUCGGAGUCGGCACCGAAGUCCGAAGCCGGCCCACCGGAAGCAGAAGCAGUCGCAGCGCCGACUAAGUUCGCUUUCAACUACUCGCUAGUCGAUGUUGCUCUUCGGAUCUUACUAUUUGCAGCGGCUCUAAGUUCUGUAGUGGUCAUGGUUACCAGCAAGCAAACCGAGGUGGUUCCGGUGCCGGGCUUGCCUGGAGUUAUGCUCCCAUUUCAAGCAAAGUUCAAUCAUUCACCAGCUCUCAUAUACUUCGUAGCAGCAUUAUCGGUAACAGGCUUAUACAGCAUUAUCACCACAUUGGCAUCACUCUCAGUCGUCCUUAAACCUGUUUAUUCCAAAGCCUUCUUGCUCGCUUUCGCUUUCUUAGACGUGGUGUUUGUCGGGAUCGUUGCCUCUGCAACUGGUGCGGCGGGAGGUGUCGCUUAUAUCGGAUUAAAGGGCAACAGUCACGUCAGGUGGAACAAAAUCUGCAAUGUUUACGACAAGUUUUGUCGAUACAAUGCAAGUUCGAUCGCACUCGCAUUGUUCGCCGCCGUUCUUCUGGUGUUGCUCUCGAUGAUGUCAACCUUCACACUUUACAAAAAGAUCCGUGACUAGACAGAUCCUCGAUGUCGUCCUAGUUUUCAGCUCAAGAAACAUUUGAUAAAUGUUAAUUUGUGGUGUUGUUUUUGUCUUGAACUAGGUGAUGUUUUCUGUCUACAGAUGAUGUUUUAAUUCGUAU